CAAUACUUAUGUACUUGUGUGUGCUGUUUAUCAUCGUUGGUCAGCGGCUUUGAAAUCGCGAUAAUAGACAGGAUUUACUCCUGUCUUUUAGUGGCCAGGUUAUUUGAACGGGCCUAGGUGUUUAUUGGCUAUAUACUCAUCUCAGCCAAUACAGGAUUCUCAGAUUCGUACGGAUUCUCAGAGCGAUUUGUGUAACGGCUUAUCGGACUUAAAUUAAGGGAUUAGAGCCGCUGCCCGGCGUUCACACGGACCUCGAGUCCCCACUCUCCCAGGCAGGUAUGUCAUAUCGACCAAGCGCUUAACAUACCCAACACAAACAAUUAGACAUUCACUGAUUUCCUGUUGAACUCCAAAGAGUACCUCCAGAGUCUGGACACUGAAACUUAUCUGUGGCAGUAAUCUUACAAGAUUAUUCGGAAUCUACCUGUCUACCUGUACAUGAUUGCUUUUUCUUCUCAGGUUACCAAACCAAUACGCACAGCAGUUACCAUGGGUACCAUGUGGCGGCUUGUUUUCGUGACUGCUGUUCUCAUUCAGGGGGCAUCCUGCGCAGAUUUAUGUGCCUUCAAACAAACUACCUUUAUCCAGCUUCCUGAAAACACGACAGUUGGAUCUCUUGUUGGGUAUUUUAAUAUUUCCGGAAAUGUUGACGAGGUUGAACUAAGUCAACAGGCGCCUCUCUCCCCCUUCAUGUUGAACGUCACGUCGCGGGAGAUAACUCUAACAGCGCCCUUAGAUUUUGAAAAGACCCAAAGCUACAAGGUCAACGCUAUAUGUCGACAGACGAACCCGACAUUUGAGUCUACUUUGGUGCAAAGAAUUCUUAUAAAGGAUAUCAACGACAACCCGCCUGUGUUCACUGCCAGUUCGUACACGGCUAACGUUAGUGAGCUUAGCUCAGUGGGUUCAGUCGUUUUCGAUGGGAUAACAGCAAAUGAUUUGGACGGGAAAAAUCUGUACAUGCAGUACGAGGUUGUGAAUGGACCAUAUUCGGAGUACCUGCGAUUUGACCGGGCCAGUAAAGGGGAAGUCACUCUGAACAAGAGUCUGGAUUAUGAAACAAUGCAGAGCUUUGUUGUUGAAAUCAGAGCAUUGGACACUCCCGAGGAUACGAACUCCCCACGACGCAGCGCCGUCGUCAAUUUGACCAUCAACGUUCAGGACGAGGACGACAUGGAUCCUGCCUUUAGUAAAGACCAUUACUCUGCCAAGAUGGACUCCAAUGCAGCAGGGGGUACGACUGUUAACACUAUCCCGGCGAUAUACGCCGAGGACCAGGAUCUGACCGACAAGUCCGCCAUUGUCUACUCAAUAUGGGAUUAUGGCGAUUCUUUUGCUAUUGAUCCCGACACGGCUCAGGUGACGUUACAGAAACAGCUUGACAAAGGUGUCUAUACGGCCGUUUUACGGGCCGCACAAGUGGACAACCCUAGACGACGGGCCAUUGCGACCAUGACCCUUGUGGUGACUUACACUGGCGCACAGACCAGACCGCCCAGUUUUCUCAAGUCUCACUACGACGUGUCGGUUUUAGAGACUACACCAGUGAAUCAUACACUUGUGAGUGUUCAAGCUGUGGAUCCAGAUUUUGGCUCCACUCUGAGAUACUGGUUAAAAGAUGAUAUAAAUGGCAUGUUCCGGAUUACGCCAACGGCUGAUAUUCAACUUGUUAAAAGCUUAGACUACGAGAAAGUCCGACAAUACAGCCUCGACGUCAGCGUCACGGAUGGAACCUAUACGGCAUCUGUGAUGGUGAAAAUUACUGUCGAAAAACGUGAACGACAACAACCCUGAGAUCAAAAACCCAGAGGUGAUCGUCAGAGCUGCUCGGGAUCCAAAUUCCCUUAUAGCCCACUAUUGAGGUACGUUUUCCUUGACGGAAACUCUGGAAUCGGCGUAAUCAGUUGCUGUGAUAUUUCUUGUUUUCUCUUCCAUUCUGUUUGCCACGGCGACGUAUAU